UUUCACUCAACAUCACAAUUUUCAACAUUAGUUAAUUUAAUGAAGGUUUACAUUAUUAUCAUUAUCACUACCAUCUUUAAUUAUUAAUUUAAUCAUCGUAUCGCUGACUCAGAACACAGUCACAAACAACAGAAUAAAUAUCGGUGACAUUGUAACAACAAGAAUCAAUCAAUCAUUAUGGCCAACAACGAUAAGAACAAAGAAAAAGAGAAUGAAUAUUUUUUGGAUGCAAACGAAGAUGAAACCGACAUUGAAGCUGUUAACUACGAUAGUGACAGUAGCAAUAAUCGUGGCAGUUAUGACGACGAUGAUCAACAACCUGAAUCUUUCACUUCUCAACAAUGGCCUCAAACUUACAAUGAGGCUAUUGAUCCUUUGACAAUUGCUGCUGCACCAAAUCUUGGAUCAAUUCUGAGAGGACCAAGUGUUCUUUAUUCAAGUUUUGUGGGUUCAUUUUCAUCAAAGAGUUACUUAGAAUUACAUGAUGGAAAGACAUCUUUUCUAUCUGGUAAUCAAAUUCAAGAAGGGUUCCCAACAACAUGGUGGGAGAAAGCUUCAAUUCAAAUGCAAAUUCCUGAGGAAUUGCCUAUUGGUUAUGGAUGUACCUUCACUCAAACUAUAUUUAAUGGGAUUAAUAUCAUGGCUGGAGUUGGGCUACUAUCUACACCUGAUACUGUGAAGCAAGCUGGGUGGGUGAGUUUGGUGGUGAUGCUUAUUUUUGCAGUUGUAUGCUGUUAUACGGCAGAGCUUAUGAGACAUUGCUUUCAAAGCAGAGAAGGUAUCAUUAGCUACCCAGAUAUUGGAGAAGCUGCAUUUGGAAAAUAUGGCCGAGUUAUUAUAUCAAUCAUUUUGUACAUCGAAUUAUAUUCAUAUUGUGUGGAAUAUAUCAUCAUGGAAGGUGAUAACCUUGCUGGUCUGUUUCCUGGAACAAACUUGCAUUGGGGAGGUUUAAAUAUGGAUGGCAAGCACUUAUUUGCAAUUUUGGCUGCACUUAUUAUUCUCCCUACUGUUUGGUUGAAGGAUCUUCGUAUAAUCUCCUAUCUCUCAGCUGGAGGGGUUAUUGGUACAGCUUUGGUUGCUACUUGUGUGUUUGUUGUUGGGACAAGAAAAGAUGUUGGAUUCCAUCACACUGGUCAAUUUGUGAACUGGAGUGGCAUUCCAUUUGCUUUUGGUAUCUAUGGGUUUUGCUUUGCAGGACAUUCAGUUUUCCCCAAUAUUUAUCAGUCUAUGGCUAACAAAAAAGAUUUUACGAAGGCAAUAAUCAUAUGUUUUGUUUUGCCUUUUUUGUUAUAUGGAGGCGUCGGAGCCAUGGGAUUUCUCAUGUUUGGUGAAGGGACUUUGUCACAAAUAACAUUGAAUCUACCACGAGAUGCAUUUGCUUCCAAAGUCUCCUUGUGGACUAUAGCAGUUAUCCCGCUAACUAAAUAUGCUUUGAUGAUGAACCCACUGGCAAGAAGUGUAGAGGAGUUGUUGCCUCAUAGCAUCUCAAGCACUAAUUGGUGCUUCAUUCUGCUUAGAACAGCACUGGUUAUAUCUACAGUCUGUGCUGCUUUUGUGAUUCCUUUUUUCGGGCUAGUGAUGGCUUUAAUUGGUUCUCUCCUGAGUGUACUUGUGGCAAUCGUAUUGCCGGCUUUAUGUUUUCUGAAAAUUGUGGGGAAAAAGGCUACAAGUACACAGGUUGUUCUCAGUGUGGUAAUUGCUGCAUGGGGAGUAGUAUGUGCUUCCCUUGGAACAUAUUCAUCUCUAUUAAAGAUUUUGCAGAUAAGCUGACUGACACUCUUUAAUUUCAGCAAGUGGCCAGUUACUUAUCUUUGUAGCCAUUUAUAUGCAUGUCCCAUUGAGUGCUACACAUAUGGUGAAUGCAAUGAUAGUAAAAUCGUUUAUUGACUGCACUCAUUGAAAAUGGAGUCAAACUUGAGCCGUUUAGUUUGCUGUUUGAGAGCAAUGUUUUUUUUAGCAUCGUCUGCGCGAUUAACAACAUCAUGGCUCCAUAAUUAUUUGGUAGAUAAAGCUAUAAAUCGCGAAUAUUUUGCAUGCGAUUUUUUCAUGUUGCAUUCCAUAAUAACCUCCAUGUACUCCACCAAUUGUCUUGUAUUCCUCUUAAUAGAGAAUUUUGAUUGGUUAAUUGUUGUUUGUGAAACAUUAGCGAUAAUCUUUUUUGCUUGAUAUAGCAUCGCUCUUAUUUGUGUAA